AUGGUCAAGCAUGGCAAGCAGGGCUUCUCCAUCUGCGUGCAGUGUGGCAACUGGGCGUGGAAUUGGAGGCUCAAGAAGCAGAAAGGGGUGUGCGCAGUCUGCAACACCCCGCAGCCAGGAUGGAGUACUACGACGAGCGGCACGUGGUGGGCGCCGUGGUCCUCGGGCGGGGGAUGGCAUGACCAUGGGCAGUCUCAGCCGUCUCUCGCCAACUUUGGGGACUACCUGUCGAAGGCUCUCGCUGGUGCAGGCCUCGAUGGGGACCCUGACGCGGCGCGCCUUGCGACGGAGUUCAGCACCCUGGCGUCCCAGAAGCUCGCGGCGGCCCCUGCGCCGCCGCCCAAGCCCCAGCAUGCUCUGCUCAAGGAGGCUACGGCGGAUUGCUCUCGCAAGCAGGAGGCUUUGGAGAAGGCCGCGAAGAAGCUGGAACAGUCCCGCCUCCAGCUUGAGAAGGACCAGGCCAAGUUUGACGAGGCGGCGGACGCCGUCUUGGCCGCUGAUCUGCACCGUCUGGAGGUGCAGGAGGCGGCGAACCCGCCCGAGGCGGCCACCAAGCUGUCGGGCUUCGCCCUGGACCCUGGGCUGUUCGAGUGCCUCGAUGAGCUGGAGGAGUCCGACAGGCAGGCGCUUGAGCACUUCCAGAAGCAGCUGGUGGAGGUCACCCAGCUGGUCGACGCCAAGCAGAAGGAGUUCCAGGACUUGCUGGAGCGCACGAGGACGGCGCACACGGCGGCGGCGGCCAAGCGGCGCAAGCGCGGCGCCGAUGGCGAGGCCGUUGCUGGCGGCGGCGCCGAAGGCACGCCCGCGGCGGGCUGCGCCGCUGCUGGGCCCAGCAAGGCGAAGGUCGUGGUGCAGGAGAGCGACCAGAAGGCCAUGCUGGAGCGCAUCAAGAGCUGCGCCCAGGCGCAGGCGCGUGCGGCCGCUGAUGGCAAGGCCGCUGGCGCUGGCAAAGGCGGCAAUGCGGGCGCUGGCAAGGGCGUUGCGGCUGCUGGUGCUGGUGCAGGAGAGAAGGACAUGCCAGACAUCUGCCAGGCAAUUGAUAAAGACGGCUGGCGUCUGGCUUACACGGCCGCCCGCCCUUCGGGCAAGUCAGAGGCUGGCUUGUCUGGUGGCGAGUGGAUUCUGGGGCGGCAAUAUGAUCCUGAUCGCCGCCUCGGCGUGAAGGGCUGGAACCAUGACGUGCUGGUGGCGCUGGGGGCUUUCACGCGCGCGCUCGCGGACCCCUGGCUGGUGAUGGCGGACUGGAACAUCGAGCCCGCGGCCUUGCGAGGCACUGGUUGGCCCCAGAAGCUCGGCGCCGUCGUGGUGACGCCGUCCUGCCGAGCGACCUGCGACAAGGGGCCAGGACGGAUGUACGAUUAUGGCCUCGCCAGUGUUGGUUGUCCAGAGGUGUCGCUUCGAGCUGAGUUGCGUGUGCCAUGGAAGACACACUGUGGAGUGGUUGUUACUGUGAAGGCUGCCCGUGCUCAGCGAUGGUAUAGGCACCUGGCAGUGCCCGAGCCUCUUCCCGUUCGCGAUAGACCCGUUGCAGUUGCUGAUCCCGCGAGUAAGCGGUCUAAAAAGAGAGAAGAGCAGAGGCAGAGGCGCAUGCAGGCGCUUCCCAUCGAGUACCAGGAGGGCUUCGACGAGCUGGAGCCGCCAGCGCCUCCGCCAGCGCCCACUGUGUCUUUCGCCAUCCCUGAGGAGACUUGGUUUGAAGCUCAGACACAGGUGCAUUGGGAGGGCCUCCCCCAGCUGUUUGAGGAUCAGCCAGAGGGUGCCCGUGGCAAAGUUGCAGCUUUUGACCGCAGUCAGCACUUUGUCUUUGAAUGGCAACCUGAGGAGCGUGCUCGGCUUGAUGAGUCCUACGGAGCUUGGAUUUCUACAUUGGAGCGUGCCACUUUGAUUCACGAGCAGGUUGAUGCCAGUACUUGGAUGCAGUUCUCAGGUCGUGCUCGCGGCCCUGCUUGCUAUUGGGCCAAGGUCACUUCCCCCCCUGGGCGCGCUCACAUGAAGAACGAGCAGGCCGAGUGGUGGGGUGUUGUCAGCACUUUGCUUUUUCGGCAUGCUGCUCUCCGUGUCAAUGGAGCUGAUCAUGCUCAGGCCGCUUACUGUGCACGUGAAGUACAGGCCAGAAUUGGAGUCUUGCCUGCUGAUAAGACGGUCGAGUACUUCGGCAAGACGUCCACCGUUGAGGAGGUUGAGUUGUGGAAAGCUAUGGCCGCUGAUUUGGAUCGAGUCCCUGUUGGCCAGCUCACUUCCUUGGUGGGCACCACGCGCAAGUGGGCGGACUUGUCGACCUCUCGGGCCCUGUUAGCGUCGCGCUCGUCCUUUGUCAAGUGGGUGAAGGAGUCCUGGUCAUCCAAGCCUGGUGCUGUACAUCGGCAUGUGAAGCAGGCUCCGCCCUUGGAGUGGGAGGGCCGCGACGCGGCAGGUGCUAUCACCACGGACAGGCAGACGAUGCUCCAGACGUCUGCCUCUGAAUGGAAUGCGAUGUGGCGAGAUCCUGUCGAUCAGCCUGCAGAUAUUUUGUAUAUGAUGGACCAGUGUCUGUCAGCUGCUCGAGAUGACCCACUUCCUGCUAUUGCCAUCAUGGACGUGGACGCUGUGCUGCCCACGCUGCCAGCGAAGAAGGCGAAGGGCGUGGACGUGCUGAACCCCAUUGAUAUUCAGCGACAGCCAUUGGUGGCAAGGCAGUGUCUUGUGGAUAUAUUGAAUAAUAUCGAGCAGGCUGGCGCCUGGCGGUCGUCCCUCAGCUCGGUCCUGG